AUGGCAUCCAAUAUCCUCCAGCUCCCGUUCCGCCGUUCUCACACCGUCUCGCUGUCGGAUGCCAUCACACAGUACAUUUCUUCCAAAUAUGACCAGCGCCCGGAUAUGUUCGCGGAUGACCUGAUGAUCAUCGACCGUUUACGAACUGAGGCCAUCAACGUGAAAGAGCCCCACGUCAGUGGGAUCAGUCGAUUGGUUACGUAUGCGGCGCAGCUUAAAUGGCUGGGAGGAAAAUUCCCGAUUGAUGUGGGGGUCGAUUUCUCAUGGUACCCGGCCUUUGGGUUCAAUACUUCGCGGCCAGUCUCGCAAAAUAAUCUGCGCUUCGAACUCGCAAACGUCCUCUUUAAUCUUGCGGUCCUAUACUCUCAACUGGCAUUCGCGGUCAACCGGACUACCGCAGAUGGACUCAAGCAGGCCUGCAACUACUGCUGCCAAGCGGCGGGCAUCCUCAACCAUCUGCGAUCUGAUAUCCUCCCGGAUCUCCGUACAUCACCACCGGAAGAUAUGGACGAAAUGACACUACAGAGCUUAGAACAGCUUUUGCUGGCGCAGGGUCAAGAGUGCUUUUGGCAAAAGGCCGUAAAGGACGGAUUGAAGGAUGCCUCGAUUGCGCGACUGGCAGCCAAGGUCUCUGAUUUUUACGGAGAUGCAGGAGACUUUGCCGUUAAGUCGAAUUCUAUCAGUACUGAUUGGAUCCAUCAUAUGACCGCAAAACACCAUCACUUCGCGGCUGCCGCACAGUACCGGCAGUCACUUGAUUGUCUAGAGAAGCGCAAAUAUGGCGAGGAGGUAGCGCGGUUACGCGACAGCCUGAACUGCGUCAAUGAAGGUCUCAAGGAGUCAAGAUGGAUCAACCGGACGGUACUCGGUGAUCUGAACGGGCUCAAGAGUCGCGUCACGGAUGAUCUUAAGCGCUCCGAGAAGGAUAACGAUGUCAUCUACCUGAACCCUGUUCCACCCAAGUCCGAGCUCAAGACUAUCGACCGUGCCAGCAUGGUUGCAGCCAAAGCGCCCUCGCAAGUUACUGAUGCAAUUUCCAUGCUUGGAGAUAAUGGUGCGUUGGGCCAGCCGCUAUUUGCGAAAUUGGUGCCGUACGCGGUCCAUAUUGCUGCCAGUAUUUACUCUGACCGUCGGGAUCGACUGGUCAAUGAGUCUCUUAUCGGGGAGCUGGAGUCGAUGACGGAUAGGCUACGGGAUCUGCUAACAUCGAUUAACUUGCCCGGAUCUCUCCAAGCGCUCGAAAAGCCACUGGGACUUCCUCCCGCACUCGUAUCUCAUGCCGAGGAGAUGCGCCAGCAAGAUGGGCUGAACCGGUUGCGGCGGUCUGUCGAAGACACGGCCAAGGUGAAAUCCAACGACCGAUCGGUUUAUAGUGAAGGUGUCGAACUGCUUGCAGCCGAGAAGGCCGAGGACAACGCCGCACGCCGUAAAUACGGCACCGAUCGUUGGACGCGCGAGACGUCCGAGGCCGCUGCGCCAAAGAUCUAUACCAGCUCUACUGAGAUCAAUGGCUACUUCACGUCUGCGCAAAGCAGCGACGAUCUCGUGGAGCGAAAGCUGCGGGAUUCAGAGGCGGUAUUCCGGGUUCUCACAGGGACCAACCGGGAUUUGGAGUCAUAUGUGCCAAGCAGUCGAAGAGCUGCUAUUCCACCCGAAGUUGAGCGCGAAUCCAUACGGCUGCGGAGCUGCUUGAGUGAGGUUAACCGAAUGGAAAACCGGCGACGGCGGCGAAUUCAGACGUGGAAGGACAAGGCUCGUGCGGAUGAUAUCCACUCGGUUCUUCUGAAGGAAACUGCUCGACUCGAGCGAGAAUUUCCUAUGCAACCCAUCCAGGCAAGCCAGUUUGAAGAUUUGUUUGAGGAGCAACUCCGGCUGUAUGAUUCGGAUCGGGAUACGCUGGAACAGGAGCGCAACGACCAAGAACAGAUUUCGAUGCAGGUUCGCGAGGCCAACCUUGCUUUCACGCGAGCACACAAGGGCGACGCAUCCACCAAAGAGCGAGAAACGGCACUGCAAGACCUGGAGAAUGGUUACUUGAAAUACAAGGAGAUCCUUUCCAACCUCGACGUAGGACGGAAAUUCUACAAUGAUCUUGCCAAGAUCGUGGGACGGUUCCGCGACGAUGCGAAGGCGUUUGUGCACCAGCGGCGAAUGGACGCGAGUCAAUUGGAAGCAGACAUCUCCAACGUCACCGCCAUGGCCUCCCUGCGCAUUUCCCAGCCUCGUCUCCGCCAGCAAUCCCACCACCCCCGUCGCCGUAUUCAGCCACCCCCUCCCUCGCAGCCGUCAUCCCAACCCCCUCCACCUGUUCAUGCUCAUCGGCCAUCAGAGUCGGAUGUCCCUCUGACUGCACCCCAGCCCAAACGUGCACCGAUAGCGCCACCCGCCGUCUCCACACCCGGUAUGUGGACCCCAGAAAUGGGGAUCCGUUUUGGCUCUGCUGGUGCACCCCCAGGUGCCAAUCCGGGGCCAAGUACUGGAGCGGGAUCGGGCCAGCCUAAUCGAAGCACGCAGCCCGGGACAUGGGAUCCCAGUCAGGGAGUGCGGUUUUCUUGA